AUGGUACUUGGCACAAUUGCCUUCAGUGUCGUCGGCCUGCUCAUCAGCUUCUUUGGAGCUCUACCAAGAACAAUGGACAAGGUGUAUUGGAUAUCCAUGAUGUCAUUUGUCAGCAUCCCCGUCGCAACGAUCGUUACAAUGCUUGCCACUGAGAUUUUCGCUCAUCCAUCAUUUACUAAGGCUUUCCUUGGUGUCAUGAAUAUAGUAUUCGCUUACAUCGCCCACGUCGCCUUCUUCGGCCAUAUCUCCGAGAUGAAAGAAGUUCGGGACUUCCCCAAGUCUCUAGCCAUGCUCCAGAUUGUCGAUACCUGCAUGUACGUCGUCGCUUCUAUCGUUAUAUACUGCUACGCCGGACCCGACGUUACCUCUCCGGCCUUGGGCUCCGCAGGACCUUUGAUGAAGAAGGUGGCGUAUGGUCUUGCAAUACCCACUGUCAUAUUUCCGGGCAUCAUUGUGGGACACGUGGCGUGUAAAUAUAUUCACGUUCGUAUCUUCCGUGGAUCAUCUCAUUUGCACAACCAUGGCGUUCUUUCUGUCGGUGCGUGGGUAGGUGUCGCUUUGGGUACCUGGAUCGUUGCCUGGAUUUUUGCGGAAUCUGUCCCGGUUUUUAAUGAAUUAUUGAGCUUGAUCAGCGCCUUAUUUGGUAGUUGGUUCAGCUAUGGAUUCCCAGCCAGCUUCUGGCUUUAUUUGAAUAAAGGCAAUUGGCUAUCCUCACCGAGGAUGAUCUGUACGACCAUCUUCAAUAUUUUAAUUCUGGGAAUUGCGUGUACCAUGUGCGGUCUCGGGCUAUAUGUAUCAGGAAAGUCGAUCCACAAUAACAACAGCUCUGUUACCGCUAAAGACUCUGUACGGCCGUCGAAUCAAAGAUGCAGCUGA